AUGGACGGGACCAGAGGAGGUAAGGAAGGGUUCCAGUGACUCAGAGGCAGAUUGACUGCUUGGGGUGGGGUGGAUUAUUCCAGAUCUAUUUCACAGGAGCUUUUCACGGCACCCCCAAUGACAUUUAUUUUAUUUAUUUGCAGAAAAAAUAUUGUUAUACCAAUGUGCAAUAUUUUGGGAUUUGGGGAGGUGGGAGGUGCCUGGGUGGGAUGCCAUCCUGAUGCACAUCUGCCCUCGGCUGCAUCAGGCCACUGGUUCGCCCGGCUCAUUCUUGCCUGCACUGACCAGAGCUUGGAAAAGGAACUAGCGCUUGUUCAAAUUCAAGAUGCAUAUCAUAAAUCCCUGCAUAUUUUACAAAAAACUAAACCAUUCAGUAUUCCAUUAUUGCAUCCAUCAAAACUUAUUUACACUGCUGAAUUUAUCAGGUGUACACAAACGUUUCCCAAUCUGUUCUUCUUCUGCUUUUAUUUAUACAGUGGUGCCUCGCAAGACGAAAUUAAUCCGUUCCGCGAGUCUCUUCGUCUUGCGGUUUUUUCGUCUUGCGAAGCACAGCUAUUAGCGGCUAUUAACGGCUUAGCGGCUUAGCGGCUAUUAGCGGCUUAGUGGCUUUAAGAAAAAGGAAACAAACUCGCAAGAACUCGCAAGACGUUUCGUCUUGCGAAGCAAGCCCAUAGGGAAAUUUGUCUUGCGGAACGACUCAAAAAACGGAAAACUCUUUCAUCUAGCGAGUUUUUCGUCUUGUGAGGCAUUCGUCUUGCGGGGCACCACUGUACAUGUGUACGCUUUACAUAUGCAUUCAGUCUCUCUGAGGAUCAGAAAACAAUAUAAUUCUCAACAAUCACAUAUUAAGAGGGAUCCCACCAGAAGUGGUUGCUCUGAUAUUUUUGCUGACCAGCUCUUCGCUGUCUUUCAAAACCCGCAGGAAAUAGGAGAGAACUGAGGAUCGUCCUUGUGGGCAAGACUGGAGGCGGCAAAAGCGCCACAGGAAACGCCAUCCUUGGCCAGAAGCUCUUUGAUUCAAAACUUCAGGCCAGGACAACCACGUUGGUCUGCCAGAGGGCGUCUUGCACUUGGAGAGGCCAUCCUGUGUCCGUGAUUGACACAGCGGAUAUUUUGGGCACCGGAGCUUGCGAUGAAAGGCUGGACCAGGAGACCAAGCGCUGCCUUGACCUCUCUCAGCCUGGCCCUCACGCGCUCGUGUUUGUGACCCAGGUGGGCCGUUUCACCGCGGAGGAUGAGGAGGCAGCCCAGCGAGUCUGGGAGAUGUUUGGGACAGAGGCCAUGAAGCACACCAUCAUCUUGUUCACCCGCAAAGAAGCCUUAGAAGGCAACUCCUUGCGGGAUUACGUGAUGCAGUCAGAUAACGAGGCUGUCCGGAAGCUGGUCCAAGAAUGCGGAGGGCGCUUCUGCGCUUUUAAUAACAGGGCGGCAAUAGAAGAACGAGAGGACCAGGUCUCUGAGCUGAUGGAGAUGGUCCUGGAGAUGGUCCAGGGGAAUGCAAAGCCAUACCUGGAGACGCCCAUCAUGGAGGCAGCGCUUGGAUCUUACAUCUGCAGGAAAAGGGCCAAGGAAGAGGGGAAAGGGAAAGCUCGCAAGGGUGUCAGCUCCAGAAAAGUAUUUAUCGCCUUAUGUGUGUUUGGUGCAGGGCUUUACCUGUUAUAUUACCAUUGUAAUCGUUUCUCUCAAUAUCUCCCCUUUAGCAAAGCUGGGGAUUUUUAA